AUGUCCCGGGAACUUGCCUUAUCCAACCAUUCAGAAUAUCCUGAUGAAUCUGAUAUUCAUUUUUUCUUGGUACCUCUUGGUGGCUUAUGGGAUGCAUCUAAUGCAAAUGGAAAAACACCAAAUGACUAUGGCAUUAUCAGUUUAGGAUUCGGAGAAAAGAAGAAAUUUGGAGUUCGGAGCUCAUCAAUGGGUGAAGCUGAGGUGUUGAUUGUGCUUGAUGACAUUGAUGAAAGAGAUCAUUUGGAGUAUUUAGCAGGUGGUGUUGGUUGGUUUGGUAAUGGCAGCAGAGUUAUUGUAACAACUAGAAAUAGACAAUUGAUAGAGAAGGAUGCUGCAAUAUACGAAGUGCCUACACUACCUGAUGAUGAUGCUAUGCAAUUGUUCAAACAACAUGCUUUCAAAAAAGAAGUUCCAGAUCAGUGUUUUAAGAAGUUCUCGUUGGAGACCAAAUAA